GCUGUUGUAAGAAACAAACGCUCUCUCUUGUCAUAGCUUCGCGACUUUUUGUUUUCAUUAAUAGUGUUCACACGCUUUGUUAGAAACUGAGUAGAAAAUUGAACUGCAAAGCUGUAGUCUCGACGGCGAGCCGCUACUGAAGAAGUUAACGCAGAACGGAGAAAAAUGAGCGGAAGAUCACAAAUGACUGCGAUGAAUGGAAAGAGACCAUCCUCAAUCCCAUUGCGACAUCAAUCUGAAACCAUAGCUCAACAUUUUGAUCUAAUUAAAUAUAUUUAUGACUCAUGGAAUACAGUAUCUAGAGAACUGGAUCUGUGUCACAAUCAACCACACAGUAAUUCUUCUAAUUAUAGGAAUGGAGCAACUGUUACAUAUUAUCAAGAAAGAGAACCCAAUCCACAGUUAAAAGAUUUUGAACCAUUCAACCUUGAAGCCUGGUGGGGACAACGCGUUGUUCAAAGUAUCACUAGGAAUGCAAAUUCCUAGUGCCAGGCCCAUCACAUUGAUUACAAUCGAACAUUCUCAAACAGACAUAAGAAACAGAAAAGAUAGAUUAGAGCUGCUGAAGGAAAUUUGUUUCCCUUUCUAGAAACAAUUUACUGUAUACUCAAAAACAAGUGAGAGAAGGAGAAUAGUAUAGGUAUAAAUAAGUAUCUAGCAAACAAUUUUGAAUCUUUUUGAUAAUAAAAGUAGGAUAUUAGUAAAGAAAGAAAGAAAAUGCAAGAGAGUCAGAGAAUGAAAAAGUGCACACA